AUGCUCCGUUCAACUGCAUUUCCGGCACCGUACAAUUUGGUGCCUGUUCUCUCUCGCGCCCACACCUGUCACUCUCUGGCACCUGCACGUGCCGUUCCUUCUCAUUUCUCUUUAGUUUCCCGGCAACCCUGCGCGAAACUUCCCGGCGGCUCGCUUGUCGCGGCUGCGGCGAAGAAGCAACGGCGUGGAGGCACUGAAAUCUCCGGAGACGAUGAAGUUUUAGACGACGACGAGUACGACGACGGUUUAGGUGAUGAAUUCGAAGACGAUGAAGAAGAAUUUGAUUAUGAUGACGAUAAUGAGGGGAUGCUUCCGUUGGAGAAGAUGAAUAAAUGGUUCGAGAAGAGACCGAAGGGCUUUGGUGAAGGAAAAGUGUACGAUACUUCAGUUGAGGAUAAGCUACUCGAGGAAAUGCGGCAGAGUAGAGUAGCUCAGGCUGAGAACUUGAAGAUGCUUAAGAGCAACCCUGUGAAGCAUGCUUCCAAUGAAAGAGAUGAAAGGAAGAAAGAUGCAAAACUUGUUCCAAUUGGGAAUCGAGUGCAAUUGGUGAACCUACCGAAGAAAAAGAACAUCCUUAGAGAUCUGAAAUCAGCUUUGCAAGGGAUUCCGGGCAUAAUUAAUAUCGUCCCAGCUGUUAUCGGAAACAAGAAGACAAGGGACCCAAUCUGCAAAGGUUUUGCUUUUGUUGAUUUCAAGCGCGAAGAAGAUGCAGUUAGGUUUGUAGAGUUAUACACUGGAAAAACUAUUACAUUUGGGAAAAUUCAGAAACAGAUAAAAUGCGAGCUUCUAAAUGCAGGGUCUUCAUCUCCUUCUCUGAAAAUAAGUGAAAACCUAAGUGCUGCUCCGCAACACAUGGUCUCUUCCUUUGAAGAAGAUUCAAAUGAGGAUUCCACCAUGGAUGAUGAUUCUGCCCUCAGCUCGUGGGACGAGACCAAUUCAGAUGAUUUAGAUGACCUAGACAAUCAGAUGGAUGCAGAAGAAGAACAGAAAGAUGAUGAGGGUAUUCAAGAGUCUGUCACUGUUUUGAGAGUGGAUGGUGAUGAUUCUGCGGAAUUGGAAAUCCAUCCUGAAACUAGCUCCACAGUGGAAAAGAAGUCGUUUGCCAAGGUUAAACAAGAGAAUUCCCGCCAGAAAAAAUCAACUUCCAAAGAGAAAGCAAAAAAAGUUUUAGGUGUUCCUGGAUCCUCAAGGAGGUUAAAGAUCAGGGAGAAGGCUGUAUUAAGUGAUGUCUUCUCCAAGUACGGAUUAAAAGCUACACUUGCUUCAAAAGAUAGCUAG